CUUAUUAUUCGGCAGCUUCGCUCUGAAAUGGGCGAAAGCUCCGAAAAUGCUGCAGCUUGAAACUAAUUCAAAACAUCUCGAACUGUAAUCCAGCAAAUUUUUUCUGGAGCCACAUCGGAAGAAUUAUAAGUAAAUCCCAAUUUCUGAUUUAGAGCCGCACAGACAUUCGCUUUGUAUUAAAAGAUAGUCGCCGCUGACUGUCGUUUUCCGAUUGGUGAUUGCGCAAGACACUUCCGGUCCGGUGCGUCUACGAGUAGUGCUUUCCUUUUACAAAGUACCUGGCGGUCUGAUGUUUUAUUGUUGUUUCACUUGUUUAGUUGUUUGUAAUUUGUUACUGUCAGUUUGACCGUUCCCGAUGUGUAUCCUUAAUUCAGUUAAUUAACGCUGUUUUCGGCCUUGUGAUUUGUGGGAUUCUUUGGAAUUGAUAAAGAGAGGUUCUCUCAGGUCGGCUCUGAAAUCUGAGAACUAUGCCACCGACAGGUGAAAGCGCUAGCAAACGCAAAUGGACUGAUGGGAAUGUUGAUAUGAAUGAGGGACCAAAUCUGAAGGCUAACGAGCUGACGGACUUGUUUGUGGAUGCUCCGUUGUCGGACUGCAGUGAUUCUGAUCGUGAAGAGUCUGAAGACGAAUCUGACGUACCCACAGCUCACUCUGGCCAUGAUGCCAAUGAAUCCUCCGACGUUUCUGACGAUAGCAGCGAAUACUCUGAUCUGUCCGAAGCAGAGAGUUCAGAUACGGAUGACGACUCUCCUACUUUAUACAGUCUCGCUGAACCUAAAGAAAACCCUGGGGAUACGGCUUCCUUACCCGGUCGACCCAGUACGAACGAGAUUGGCGCCGUGAAUGUGGAAGCGUCGUCACUGGAAAGCUCUACCGCGAACUGGAGAAGCCACUCGGAUCCGGCCGAAUAUGAUGUGGACUCCAGCGAUGAAGAGGAUAUUCGGAAUACUGUGGGAAAUGUUCCGUUUCAGUGGUACGAAAAUUACCCGCAUCUUGGCUACGACUGGGAAGGUAAAAAGAUACUCAAGCCGGCGACGGGAGAUGAGUUGGAAAAGUUUUUGAAGAGAAUGGACGAUCCGGAGUUUUGGCGAACUGUCAAAGACAAAACAACGGGACAAGAUGUAGUGCUAACUGAUGAAGAUUUGGAUAUCAUUCAAAAAAUACAGGGCGCUAAGGCGCCUGUAGUGGGCGAUCCUUAUGAGCCGUUUGAGGAUAUUUUUUCGCAUGAAACCAUGACCACAUCGUUGAGUUCAAGGCCUCCAUCGAAAAGAUCUUUUCUGCCUUCACUGCUAGAAAAAGAAAAAAUUAGUAAACUUGUUCAUGCAAUUAAAAUGGGUUGGAUUACCCCUGGAGCCCCGAAGUCGCAAUUAACGGAAGACGAAAAAGAGGAGACGUAUUACGCGUUAUGGGAGAAAGAAGAAGAGGAUGCUUUGAGUAAAAGCCAGAGAAUUCGAUCGCACAACCAUGUUCCAGCGCCGAAACUUUCUUUACCCGGGCAUGCUGAAUCGUACAACCCGCCCCCAGAGUACAUGUUGACCGACGAAGAAAAGCAGAAAUGGAGAAGCGAAGAUCCGGAGGAUCGCAAGCUGGAUUUCGUCCCACGACAGUACAAUGCAAUGCGAUUGAUACCGGGCUGGGGUCGUUUCAUUAAAGAGCGAUUCGAGCGUUGUUUGGACUUGUAUCUAUGUCCACGGCAGCGCAAGAUGAAAGUUAACGUGAACCCCGAAGACCUAAUUCCUGUUUUACCGAAACCGAAAGAUCUUCAGCCUUUUCCAUCGCGAGAAGCGAUCGUUUACAAAGGGCAUACGGGAGUCGUACGUUGUUUGUCUGUCCACAGCCAUGGUCAGUUCUUGGCUUCCGGUUCUGACGAUGGUACCGUGAAGAUCUGGGAAAUUUCCACUGGCCGAUGCUUUCGGACGUACCGUCUAAAAGGUCGGAUUGCGGCUCUUAGUUGGUGUCCGAAACCUGAUGUCUGCCUGUUAGCUGCCAGUGUAGAUAAAGUGAUUCAUUUUCUUACACCGGACGUUGGUGACAAAUUAGUAUCGUCCAACACUGACCGAUUGCUGGCAGAGCUUGGGAAUCCGGACCCUAACGGGGAAUUUGCUACGUUUACUAGAGCAGGCGAUCAGGAUAAAAGCGAUGGACUACGGUUGACGUUAUCUCUCACAAAGGAGGUGGUUGAUGUAACAUGGCACCCUAAGGGUGACUAUCUGGCAACGGUUGUGUCUGACGGUGCGUCAGGACAGGUCGUAAUGCAUCAGUUAUCCAAACUGCGCUCACAAAUGCCUUUCAAGAAGAUUUCAAUGGUCCAAAGAGUGCUUUUCCACCCUAACAAGCCUUUCCUGUUUGUGUGCACCCAGCGUUCGGUUCGUAUCUACGACUUGUCAAAACAACAGUUGAAGAAGGUUUUGCAACCUUCUUGCCAGUACAUUUCCUGUGCAGCCAUACACCCGCAAGGGGAUAACGUUUUGGUGGGCAGUUAUGAUAACCGUUUAUGCUGGUUUGAUCUGGACGCCAGCGUGAAACCGUACCAAACACUGCGGCAUCAUAAUAAGGCUGUGCGACAAGUUAAAUUCCACAAAGUCUAUCCUUUAUUUGCUUCAUGUUCUGAUGAUGGAUCCGUCAUUAUUUCCCAUGGAAUGGUCUACAACGAUCUGAACCAGUUUCCGUUAAUUGUGCCGGUUAAAAUGCUGAAAGCCAAAUCCGGAAAAAAUGAAAGUGGCUUGGGAAUUGUGGAUGUGGAAUUUCACCCUACACAACCCUGGGUGUUUUCGGCAGGAUCAGAUAACUUAAUUAAACUGUUUGUUUAGUUUUUUAAUAAAUAAUUUAUACGAGUUGCCAGUUGCUGUAGCCUGUAAUCGACAAAAAUUUUAAGCAAUAAACUUUUCCAAAACGGUAAACGGAGACAUCCUGCGAACAGUGUUCCUUGAGGCUAACCCAUCAACAGAAACCCAACAAAACAAGGGAAUCAAAGCUUUCGUUCAAACUCAUGCUAAAUAAACGUCUAGUCGUCUACUGCGUUCCACACUGCACUGCUCCCGGUCUACCGUGUCCUUCCUCCUCAUCGUCUUCCAUAUACGCGUACCCAUGACUUCUGGAUCCCGCACCCUGAGCAUGCUGUUCCUGAUACUCAACAAGAACCGCUUCCUCAGCAUCGUCUGGAACGAUAACCUCUGUUCUUGGAGGAAGACACUUCUCUAACGCCGCAAUCAUCUUUGGAGUCAUCUUUUUGGCAUCGGGAAAGUCAACCAAAAAAUUAACGAUCAGACGUCCCUUUUCAAAUGGAUUUCUGUAGAUCGGCAUCCCUUCAUUUGCGAUGUACUUCACAUCGCCGUAUUUUAUCACAU